AUCGGCAACUUCAUUCAGUACGCCAGAGUAGCCGCCAUCAGUCUGGGAGAUCAGUAGGGAACUGCAACAAUUUCAAGUAUUUUUGUGUAAUUUGAGAAGUAAAACGUUUCGCAAAGUGUAAUACGUGCGGAGUAGAUGUCCAUUAGUUGAAAAUAUCAGACCAUAUCUACAAUGGAUGAUAAAGGGAGCGGCGUGCUCGUGAAGUUUCUGACAAAAGAGGAACUGCAGAAGAUCCCGGGCAAUGUCAAGAAAAAAGUGGAAAAGUAUUUUGAGGAACGGUUCGAGGAAUUCUUGACAGCGAAAGCGUUGGGCGAGGCAUCGAAGAACAGUUUAGACGAGGUUCGGGAAAAUUUCGAAAAGCAAGUCGCCGACCUUACAUCCAAAAUACAAGACUACGAAGCCAAGUUGGAAGCGUCUCAACAGAACGUCAAUGAACUCCGUGAACAGCUCGACAAUUCCCGACAGGAAGUCAGUCGGCUUGUUGAAACUACUAAGAAAUAUGAAGCCGAGGCAGCAGAAUGUCGUCGUGAAAAGAACAACGCCAUCGACGAGCGCGAUUCGCUAAUGAAAAUGGUCGAACGACGCGCAGCUGAAGUUGAACGAUUCCAGUCUGAUCUAAAAGCUUACGAAUCCCAAUUACAGACGGCUAUCAAUGCUAAGUGUGAAGCUGUAGCUAAAAUGGAUGAAAUUAAGAGCAAAGAAGUUUCAUUGGAUUACAAAGAGAAACGUAUGGAGCAGGAGAAAGCCAUGCUAACGAAUCAAAUUCGUAGUUUGUCAGAAGAUUUGAAUCGAAAUAUCGCAGAACUUCAAACAAUCCGUCGCGACAAUACCAUGAAAAAUUUGGAAUUACAAACAAAACUAACUGAAAAGACUGAAGAAUUGAAAAUAGCCAAUAGUACCAUUUCACACUUGAAUGAAACCGUUAGCUCACUGACCAUCAAGGCUGAAGAUUUGGCCGCGAAAAUGCUUGCACAAAGCGAAGAAUCUACAAAGAUGAUGGAGUACUACAAGAAGGAGCUCCAAGCCAAGGAGAAACUGGCCGAUUUAUACAAGAAUACUAGCGAGGAUAGCGUUGCACAGACGAACGAAUUAGGUGCAGCCGUGAGCGAGCUGAAAAGGCUGCUGAAUGAGGCCUCAGAUCAAUACGGAGAACUGGAAACUAAAAUGAAAGCCUUAGAAAUGAAACAUGAACAAGAGCUAAGCGAGAAGGAAAAUCUCAUUCAAAGUCUCAAGGAAGAGUUGAAACAUGCAAACGAUUUACUAAAAGCCGCACAAGAUGAGAAUCUUGAGAACGCAAUUGAAAAGUUGGCACCUUCUGCAGCAGUAACCACCCGUUUGAUCAAAGCAGACAUGUCUUUGACCGAGCUCUACUCUCUCUACGUAAAGACGACCGAGGAACUGCAACUCCAGAAGAAGGAAAACGCUCGGGCUGAACUUCAAAUGAAAUCAAUUCUGCAAGAGCUUGAAGAGAAGGCUCCGAUAUUCAGUAAACUUCAGUUGGAACACCAAAAACUGAUAGAUGUGAAUAACGAGCUCUCGCAGCAACUGGAAAAUGUCAUAACAGAACGCGUUGAAGUGAGGGAGGAACUUCAGGAAAGUAUCACUAAGAUCAAACAUCUACAGCAUGAAAACAAGAAGCUUAAGCUCGGACAAAACGACCUUGCCCGCCAGGUGUGCUAUCUUUUGAAGGAAGUCGAGCAAGUCCGAGGUGGAUUCUCUUCGGAGAACGAGCAAUCGAUCUCAUCCGACAUGUCGGCGAAUGAAGUGAUCUCAAAGAAACUGGUCACAUUCGGAGACAUUACAGAGCUGCAGGAGAACAAUCAGAAGCUUAUUCUGCUCGUUAGGGAUUUGAGUUCCAAAUUGGAGGAGCUGGAAGAAGCUCAAAAUAGCAUGGACCAAGCCUCAUACGAGAGCAAAAUUGCCUCUUACAGCAAGAGACUCCAAGAAAUGCAGGAAUCGCAAGACUACCAAGCCCAAAUGCUCACAAUAAGUAUGCAGAAGUGUGAAAGGUAUAAGAAGCUCUACUACGACUCCAUGCGAAGUGCUGGAAAGAAUAUGGCACAAGUCAUCGACGGCUCUCUUAAUGAUCAAAUGGAAGUUGGUGAAGAAGAAAACAUUGCCGCCGGUUCCAGUAAUAGUAUCGCUUCAAGCGAGACAAUUGCCAGCAAGGACAAACGCAUUAACGAAUUGGAAGAUCGCAUCAAGGAGUUGACGGAACAAAUUAAAAAAAUGAAGGAAGAACAUGAAGAGUAUCGUAAGGAGAAACUCACGAACGAGAAGAUGAUGAACGAACAGUUCGACUCAAUGAGAACGGAACUUCGUGAAUUGACUUCCUCCAACUGUAAAUUGAUGUCCACGGUGGAAUACAACAAUGAGCAAAUUAAAAUUCAACAGAAGAAUGUUGCUACCUAUAAAAAGCAGAUUACAACGUUGGAGGAACGUAAUAGGAACUACGAGAACACAAUCGUUAAGCACGAACAAACGAUAAUGUACCUGAAAGACGAGACAAUGAAUGCCCAGAGGAAGCUUGCUUCAGCCGAAGUGCAACUCGACAAUAUGAAACAAGAAUGCAGAUUGCUGCGCGAUACUGAAGCUCGACUUCAUUUAGAACGAGAAGGUUUUCUCCGAGAGCGGCAAACUCAGAAUUUACUACUUAACAAUCUGGAGAUGAUUAAGGCUAGCUUUGAACGCUCAGAGACCGAGGGCCGGCAACGAUUGGAAGUCAGGCUUGACGAAGCGAUCCGUGAGUGUUCAGCGCUAAGACGCCGCCUUCAGGAAGAGCAAGAUCGAUUCCGUGAAUUAACCGUGGACCUGAAGCGCCAGACCGAUACAGCUAAGGCAAGAAUGGAAGAGGAACAACAAGUUGCGGAGAAAUUGCAGCAGGAAGUGGCAAAUCUUCGCGAAGAGCUGCUUACAAAAACCAAUCAAAUUGACGAUUUGAGCAAAAAACUCCAAGAAAGUCUUACGCCUAGUAAGAACGAUAAUCCAAUUGCUCAGGCAAAUAAGAAAGCUCGAGAAUUUGAGUUGAAAUACGAAGAAGCUGCACUCGAGAUUGAAUCGCUGAAAAAAGAAAUUGAGAGAACACGCGAACAUGCACAGCAAUAUUGCAAACUCUCUCAGAGUUCUGAGCAGGAGCUAAAGGAGUUGCACAACGAAUAUUCACAGUACAAGCUCAAAACAGAAGAAGAAUUGAAGAAGCUGCGAGCAUUUGAAAUCGCAUUGAAGUCUAGAAUUGAGGAACUCGAUACAGAAAUCCAAUUACAGAUCACUGGCGCUCAGUUGUCUUCUGGCAAUUCCUCGCAGCAAGUGCAGAAGGUUCAGGCGGAGUUGAAGGAGGCACUGCAGAAACUUAGUGAAAAUAAUCGAGAAAUGCGGGACUUGCGCGAACAAUGUAAUAACUUGACCUCGUCUCUGCAAUCUGUUGAGCAAAAAUAUGCCAAUGAAAUGAUGCUUCACUCUGCUGACAUUCAGGAAUUAUCCAGGUUGAAAGAAGAACUUCACCGCGUCCGGGAGCAAAUCGCUGAAAUCAAAGCCGCCCGCGACAAGUCGGUGGCUGUUUUAGAGGAGAUGAAGAGUGGAUAUGCCGAGCGGGAUGAGAAACUGAAAAAAGAAAAGGAGGAGCUUGAAAAGAGAUUGAUCGACUUAGACGCACAGAAUGCAGCACUACAUGACCAGAUCCAGGCAUUGAGUUCGAAAUUGGCUACUACUACCAAUGGUCCAGCUGCAACCAGCGACGAAGCAAUGAACGAAUCGACAAAUGCUGACCAUUCCAUGACCAACAAAUCUUUCACAGAUGAUGAAUCGAAGAGCAAUGACCAACUGCUUCAAAUUAUUAAAUAUUUGCGAAAGGAGAAAGAUAUUGCAGUCGCUAAGGUAGACAUCCUAAAGUCGGAAAAUGUUCGUUUACUCUCAGAGCAGAAUAUUGCUCAAAAGAAAUUGGAGGAAUUAAAUGCUUCGCUUAGUAAUGAGCGCACAAAGUCCGAAGUGGUCGUUGUUACAGCAACGAAACACGAGGAAAUUCUUCGAAAAGUUGAAACACUCAACGCUAUCACGGACAGCAAUAGGAUUCUUCGUGAAGAAAGAGACACCCUGUCUGUGCGGGUGAAGGAGUUGACGGAGCGUGUGACCAAGGUUGAGGAUGAGCUAUUCCCUCUCCAGGAAAAGAACCGCGAACAAAAUGCCAAGAUUGAAGAAAUGCAGGCCGAAAACACAUCACUUCGUACGGAAGCCACUCGGUGGAGACAGCGUGCCAAUAUUCUGGUGGAGCGCAGCAACAAAAAUCCAGAAGAAUUUAAACGAAUACAGAGUGAAAGAGAAAGUCUUGCUAAAAUGCUUACUGCCGAAAAGGAAGCGUUGAAGCAAGCGCAUGAAGAAUUGAAUUCAAUCCGAGCAGACAAGGCUCGCUUAGAAACAGAAAUGAACAAUCUCAAUCGGCAAAUUCAAACAGUCACCGAAGAGAAGAAGAAAGUAGUCGACGAUUUCAACCUUCUGAAGCAACAAAAUACUCGUCUGACGCAAGAAAUUAUGGAGCUGAAGAAUCAACUUCUUCAGAAGGAGGAUGAGUUGAAGAAGAUUGGCGAGGAUAUCGCAAGCAAAGACAAUCAGCUCGCUGACCUUAAAAACAAGGAGUUCCAGAUCCGCAAAAUCGCAAAACGAUAUAAGGACUCAUAUUUCGAACUCAAGAAUCAGAUAGACGGAAAGGACGGAACCGGUGCUGCUGAGGGUGAUCCCCAGAAUCCUGGAGAAGGAACAUCAGCUUCGAAGCAGGAAACCGAAAAAGAAUUGAAGGAGAAGAUCAACGAACUCAAUGCCCAGAUAAAACAAGCACAAGAAGAGACUGAGAAGUAUCGCAAAGAAAAUGAAAACUUCAAAUUAACACUUGACAAGGAGGAGCGCAACAAGACUCUGCUGAAGGAAGCUAAAACAAGAAUUUUAAGUUUGACUGAAACUAAGAAUGCUGUUACACGCGAACUCGCUGCUACAAAAGCUCAACUGCAAAACAUUGAACAGAAUCGGGAUGACAACGAUUUGAUCGUAAGUGGAAUCAAGAGUCAGUACGAGAGCAGAAUCGCGCGACUAGAGCAAGAUCAAAUCAACCACGAAAAGGAGUCAAAGGAGACCAUUGCGCGACUAACCAGAGAGAAUGAAAAUCUUUUGCUACGAAUAAAUCAGCUUCAGCGGCAACUCGGCCUUCAACAGGUCUCGAAGCCCUCAACUAGCUCUAGUUCAAGUUCGGAGAAAGGAUCUUCGGAUCCACCAAGGACAGCCAACGUGAAACCCAUGUCAGGGCCUAGCGGGCAACAGUCUGCGACUGUGACACCUUGGAGAGGCAGCGAAACACCUUUAGCUAGCAUUCGGCCAAUGUCAGUGCAAAACAGCAGGACAGCUGCUGUUCUGCCAACUAGCCAGACGAGCAACGUGGCUGCUAUUCAAGGAUCUAGCAGUGGAAGUGUUACGGCGCUUGUUCCACCUCAGCAACAAGUCCAUACAACUGGCAACAGUCCCGGCGAAGCCAUGUCUUCAUCGCCAACAAGCUCUCACACAGAUUACAUGCCAGCAACAAGCUCAGCUGCAGUUGUUGUAGCAGCCAUACCACCAAUGGGAGCCAAUGCGGCUGAGAGUUCUCAAGAAGCCGAAAGCGUUCCCACUCAGAAUAAUGAAUCAACUUCAUCAUCGUCCUCUGCCCAGAUGCUGGUUAGUGGAGGACAGCAACAACAAGCCGUAGCUUUAGUAUCUCCUCGGGUUGAAGGAACUUCUCAGAAUAUUGUUCCACCUCAGUCAGCUCAAAGCCAAGACACGAUUCAACCAAGCACAUCUGGAACUUCAAGUACUUCAAACAUUUCCGUUAGCAGUCACCACCAAGCAUCGUCCAGUAGCACUGUGACGACCACUCAAGCCGGUGGGCAUAAGAGACCACGAGAUGUAGAAGGCGAUAGCUCUACAAGUAACGAGGAACUUUCAGAUAAAGCGCCAGUUCAAACUAAAAGACAGAGAAUACAAACCGGUGAGGCAGCAGCCUGUCAAGGAGUGACUGAAUCAGGAUUGGAUGUAGAAUAUCAAGUCCCCACUUCCUCACAACGUGAUCAAGAGGAUGAUAUCAUAAUCGUCGACUCUGAGGAAGACGACGGCAUGGCAGAUGAAGGAAACGCCGAUGUAGAUGAUGGGCCCAUGGAAGAUGAAGCUGAUAACGGAGAGGGGUAUGAAAUGGAAGAGUCGUAUGAGCCAGAGCAGGAUAUUGAUGAAGGUGAAGGACCGGAUAUUGAUGAGGAUAAUAUACAAUCUGACACUAAUGAAGUGGAAGUUGAUGACAGCAGCGAAGUUCCAAAUCAAUCAGGUACAAGCUCCAGUACAAAUCAUGUUGCUCCAGAUGCCAGUACCAGUCAGGUUGUUGACCAGAGCACCGCCGAUCAGGCAACAGAAGGACAAAUUCAACCAGAAGGCCAACAAAUUCCAGCAAUCAGUAGUGGCAGCGAAGCAGCUGGUUCAUCGUCACAAGCAUCAUCGCAAAGUACUUCCAACUGGCGUCAAGUGACACCACUGUCAAGGCAGCAACAAGCUACACUUUUAAUGCUCCAACAAGGCUACGAGGAAACGGGCGAUGACAGCAUUGUUCCAAGCACUCCAACACUAUAUGCUCCCCGACGAGCUGAUGGUUUCAGCGAAGCGGUCAGUUCACCUCAUCCACAAGUACCACAUGCAGCACGUUUCACCUUUUCGGAAUCUUCAUCCUCGACAACGACAACUUCAAGACCAGGAGCAUCAGGUGAAGGAGGUGAAGAUGCCCACGCUGAUAUGGCAGAAGAUACUAGUGGUCGUGGGACAGCUACAAAUAUUCAAGAAUCUUCGUCGGAAACGGGCGCAACAGUGACCGAGAGUACUUCAUCGACAGAGAAAGCUGAUCAGGUGGCUGCAAGCAAUGCCCAGGAUGCUGGACCAAGCCGCAGUGAAGAUAUUAGUGCGGAAGCUGGUGGAGCAGCAGCAGACGCAGAGGCAACACCCGAAGGUGCAUCAACUUCGGAUGUGCACGAAGGAGAACAAAGCCAACUUGAAGAAGCCGAUAUAGAAGAAGAGGAAGGUCUCGACGGUGUUACGUCAGAAGGUGAAAAGGCAAGUGCUGGUACAGAAGAAACUGCAGAGAUUGAAGAGGGACGUGAAGCAGAAGCAACAACAUCUCCCACAAUAAACACGCGUUCGCGAACGGUGCGGACAACUCCCCAGAACAGACGUAAUAACCGAAAUCAACAUCAACAACGUGGCGGACGUCCGACACCGAUAAUUUGGCAAGAUCAGCAUCGUGGGGGCGGAGGAGGCGGACGGCAUAUGAAUCAAGGUGGAAAUAUGCGAGCAUCUGGCGGCAAUGAGCAAAACAGCCCGCAAAGAGGAGCAUUCCAGAAUCGUGGUCAGCGUGCGCGUCGUAUGCGUCGUCCAUCGGGUCCCAGUUUUGGAAAUCGCUACUGAGCGUUCAAAAUUUUCGAAAAGAAGAAUCGGUAUUAAUUCGUGGUCAAUUUGGGGCGGGGAUUUUCGCUUCUCUCUUUUGUUUCGGUGUUCAUGUUAUAUUAUCGAAUCGUUAUUGGAUUAUGCACAACCGUCAAAUAGUUGGUAUUUUUUACAAACAAUUCAGAAUGCAAUCCGCUUAAUUUUUACCGAAUGGUUCAAAGAAUUCCAAGGGUACGGAAAUUCGGCCUCUGUACCUCUAUUUAAAACGUCUACUAUUCGAGUUAUUUUCACACACAUCUUUCUUAAGCAAUGCCUUGCUUUUAAGCUGACAUCUAAUAUCCCUCAUAUAAACAAAGAACAAUCUCUGGAAACAGAAUUAUAGCAUGAAACUCGGCACACAAUGUUCGAAAUCCCGGUGCAAGUUUGGCUCAGCUUCGGAAUUAGUACGUCCCUCACUCCCUUACUCUCAAAAUAAGAAAAGUGUGAAAUGUUUAUCGUAUGUGAAUGGAGAGUCGGCAUCGUCGACGUAUGUAUCAUUUGAUAUGUUUUGCGUUAUCUUUUUUGUUCAUACUAUUUUCUACGUCCGAUAUCAUUAUUACAAUAAUUACUCUUAAGAUAGUUCUCCUAGUUUUUAUAUAACAUAGAAGGGCAUGUCCAAGAGAGGAUUAGAAAGAAAGCAAAGCAAUUGGAAAAUUAAUUUGUACAAGAAGCAAAUAUGAUUUAGUGGGGAUAGAUGAUAAUUUGUGAUUUCAGAAUUAAAAAAAAAACAGUUGAUGUAAUUUUCUUCAUGUUUUAUUUGUACAGAAAAUGAAUUUGAAAGAGUGGGAGAAGCAUUAGCCACAACAAAAAUUAGGAGUCUAGAUUUAGUUAUUAGUUGCAGAGGACACUUUCAAUGAAUUUGUUCAAUACUGUCGUGUUUAAAUCUUAAGAUAUAAUUAAAUGAUUAAAAGAAAUAUAAAAAGAAUUUUCCAGUUU